AUGCCCCACAAAGUCAUCCCUUUCACCUUCUUUAGGUCGCAAUCGAGCCCGAGUCCUGUCACCCAUUCUGUCGACCUUCCAGCGCCAAAGAAGCCUUCACGACGACAAAAUUCAAAAUCAAAGCGCGCGUCUACUAGUCGCACGCCUUCUUCUUCCAAUUCCUCGUUGCGCUCAGAGAGAAGCUGGAAGAUGCCCGAUUCGCAGUCCCACAAGCGGCUUUCCUUCCCCAACAUCCAGCUCCAUGGCUACUCUCCCAAGAGCUCCUCCAAGUCAAUUACGCACCCCCCGCCAGCCGUGCUGAAUGUGGUGAUUGAGUCGCCGCCGUUGGUUGUCUACGGUCCUGCAUCUUCGAGCACCGGCGCAUUGCUGUCGGGCCAGCUAAAACUCAACAUCAAUGACGACUCGAUGGUAAUUGACUCGUUCGUCAUGAGGUUGGCUCUCGAAGUGACAAAUAAAAAGCCGUUUCACGCUCACUGUCAAGAGUGUAUGCAUCAGACCACCGACCUGAACUCCUGGACUUUCCUGCAAGGUCCAGCAACGUUAAAGAAAGGGGAGCAUAAUUUCCCAUUCAGCUUCCUCCUUCCAGGCCAUCUGCCUGCUUCCAUGAAGGGGUCGCUUUCUACCAUCAGCUACGCCCUCAAAGCCACAAUGUCUCCAAAGCACGGAGAAGUCCUCAAGCUCUCCCAACCCCUUGAUAUCAAGCGCGCCAUUUACCCUUCCGAAUUCCCUCGACACUCAAUCCGCAUUUUCCCUCCCACAAAUCUCACUGCGAAUUGCGAGCUUCCACCAGUCAUCCACCCGAUCGGUGAAACAACCGUUUCAAUGCGCAUGGAUGGGGUUGUGAAGCGGAAUUCCGACACGAAGACGCAGACGCACUGGAAGUUAAAGCGCCUGACCUGGCGUCUGGACGAAACGCAGAAGAACAUCUCGCCAGCGUGCCCAAAGCAUGCCGCGAAGCUUGGCAACGUCGAGGAUGGGAAGAAGGGCAUUGAACAUCAGGACACACGGACAAUCGGCACGGAAGAAAUCAAAUCUGGCUGGAAGGCAGACUACUCUACGCCUGAUGGUCGUAUCGAGUUGGAAUUCCCCUUUAGCGUUCGCGCGGGAUCGCAUCCGGUAUGCGAUAUGAAGGCCCAGGACGGGACAGAAGUCUCCCAUACGUUGGUUGUGGAGAUGAUCGUUGCGGAAGAAUUCGCGCCCAUCAAGAAGCCAACUCAGGUCACACCAACCGGGGCUGCGAGGGUUCUCAGGAUGCAUUUCAACAUUACGCUCACUGAACGCGCGGGCCUAGGCAUCUCUUGGGACGAGGAGCAGCCUCCACUCUACGAGAACGUUCCGGCAAGUCCUCCGGCAUAUGGAAACGCAGAUAUUUACGACGGGGAGCCGAUUCCAGAUUAUUAUGAUCUGAGUCCGCUUGAUGAUGGUAUUGAAGAUCCAGUCGCGAAUACCAUCCGUGACCAUGGGGAGGGUUCUUCUAGAACAUCCUAA